AUCACAAUAGAGUGUUUUGACAGCAAACUUAAUGAAUACACACAAUUUCUUGGAAAAUCAUAUUAAAACGCUGUAAAAAGCAAUAAACUAAACAUUUCUUUAAACAAUAUGCAUUGAAGUAAACGUGAGGAAUUGACGGCCAAGAAUAUCGAGAAUAUAAAAAUAUCAAGAUUUGUAAAAACAGACACAAAAACAAUGGAUGGUUACAUGAAAGAAGUCUUACGUGUUGCCGUGGCCCAAAUUUGCCAAACCAUUGGAUACAAUGCUACACAAACAGCUCCGCUUGAAUUACUGCAAGAUGUACUGGACAAGUUCCUUAAGGAAUUCACCCGUGAUCUUAGACGACAAGUGGAACACUACAAUCGCACAGAAGCCAACUUAGACGAUGUGACAUUGACAUUGAACAGCAUCAAUGUGAAUGUAAGUGAACUACUGGACUAUAUUAAUAAUGUGGAGCCGGUACCAUUCGCAAUGGAAAUGCCAAAAUUUCCGGCACGUAAAAAUUCGUGUUUGAACUUUUUAAAACCUGGUAGUAAGGAGGUAUUGACAAGGCCGGUACAUGUACAUGACCACCUGCCGCCUAUGUUGCCUGCCGAAAUAUCACAACCCAGUGAUACGGCACCACAGCCAUCCACCUCCUCCAAUUCGAAUGGUGGACCAAGUGGUGUGGAUAUAAAACCCAACCCAGACAAUUUAAAUGUUGGAGAUCAAAAUAAUGCAAAUGAGAAUAAUGUUAGUCCAGGACUGGCGAAUCCAGCACAAAAUGUUAAUAAAUCUACACUACAAUCAUUGUUUAAAAGCAACUCCAAUUUUGAGGACAGCGAUAGACCCAGUACCCGGGAGGUGAGCAGUGUGGUUAUGACAACUGGUGGCUAUAUAUCACCGGCUGUAGAGGGCAAAAUGCCAGAAGCUAUUGUACCCGAUAUAAUAGAUAAGUUAAUGGGUUUAGAUGAACCCCCUCCGCCCACACCACCGCCACCACCACGAGUUCCAACACCAGCACCUGUUGCAUCAAGGCCAGCCUCACGCUCGGCCAAUUCAACCCCCAUACCGCUUACAGAUCCAGUAAAAUCAGAAGAUAGAGAAAAGGAAAAAAUUUUGCCCUCAGCCAGUAAAGAAUCAAAGAAAUCUUUAGAAUUCAAUGCCAAUCAUCCACGUAAGACCGAUCCAAAUGAUUUGAUGGUGAUGGGAGGUAAAAAAGACCGUGUAAUAAAUCCCAUGACAAUGCCACCAAAUCUAUCGCCGACCAAGGCAGCCAAGAUGAGUAAAAAGAAACAACAAAUGGCCAUGGCCAUGGCCCACAAUCCUGCUCUGCAUCAUCUAAAUCCCAAUAACUAUGCAAAUAUGCUGCUGAAAAAGGCCAAGAAACAAAAACCGGGACUCAUGCAAACGCACCCUCAGGCCCAAAUGGAUAAGCAUGGCACCGAAAAGAACAGCAAAUUAGAUCCAGCUGAAAAAACCCAACGCAAGUACAUUAAAAUGCUCCAAAAAAUGGCAAAGCAAGGCAAAAUACCUGUGGAACUACUCAACAACAUAAUGAUCACCGACAAAAAAACCAAAAUUUUAAACCCACACAUUUUGCCAAUGUUACCGCCAGGUCCGGAAAGAAUGCAAUUGGAGAAAUUGCUAAAGAAACAUGUUAAGCAACGACAGAAACAAAUGAAACAACAAAUGAUGCAAGAAGCUCAGAAACUGAAGAAGAGUUCAAUGUCACAGCAACCGCCACCAUUGGUGCCACUGUUCGCACCACAACCAACGGCAGCGGCGGCAGGAAAAGAAAUGGGGACUGCAGCAUUAAAUCUAAUGGAAGGCGAACAAAAACAUAAAAUUCCUGCUGAGCCAAAGAAUGAGCCGACAAAUCUUUCACCAACGAAACAGCCAUUCUUGAUGACCCCAACUACGGCGGGAGUAACGAGUGGUGGCGCACAAUUACAACAUUUAAGUCCAGUACCACCUCCAACAAAGUUACCCGAUGGCAGUGUUCCUAAAACUUCAAAAUCUUCCCUUAUUCCGGUUGAGGGUACAGCUACAGUUGAUUUAGAACAUGUCGGAGAUUCGCUUGCACCGCCUCAAUUGACCCUCGAUGGCAAGGAAUUGAAACUUUCCAAUGAACCAGAUCGCAGCAAAUUGAAUAUUUUUAAGAAAAUAUCAAAACAAAAGACCCCAAAAUCUUCAUCACCAACCCCGCUACGUUUACCCAGUGGUAUGACAGAUUCGCCAAUUAUAAAUUUACCAGCUGGCACAGCUAUAACCCCUGCUCCUGGACCAUCAUCGUCAAAUGUUGGCCGUAAUCUCUUCCCUCCUCUACCCAAUGAAGCAACAGAUAUUAUCAACCUAGAUGACGAUCCUGUUCCACUAAAUGUGCAGCCCAAAUCUCUGCAGGCCCCAGCAGGUGCCACAGAUUUGACAACACCCAUGCAAAGGGUAUUUGGCGAGAAACCCUUAGGAACUACAACAACCCAACCACCGCCACAACUUCCAACCGGUACAACCGGUGCCGCUCCAGUACCUGGCGAGGAUUUGGCAAAUAAGCCCAAGAAAAGAGGCCGCAAACCGGGUAGCAAAAAUAGCCCAAAGAUUCCCGGCCAAUUGCCGGCUAGUCUGCUGAAGAAAAGUAAGAAAAUGAAAAUGGAUCCGAAACUUUUUAAUCCACAAAUGCCGUUACCGCCGGACUUGGCCAAUGCCCUGGCGGUGGGGGCUGGCAAUUUGCCAUAUGACAGCAUGGCUGCCCAGCUGUUUGCCAACACUGCUAUGAAUCCCAUGGAAUGGGCUCAAAAUAAACAACUACAACAACAAAUGAUGAUUAUGGCCGCAGCCAAGGAACGCAAGGAGCAGAGGAAGAAAAAUAAAAUGCUAAAACAAGAUUUAAUGGCAACAGCGAUGCCCUCUUCCGCCAGCACAUCUGGAUCUGGAGGUGCUGUACCGACCAGCGAGGAAAUACAAAACAUAAAUAAAAAGCUAAUGAGAAUGGAUACGGUACUUAAACCGGCACCCAUGCCAACGGGCCAGCCGACCAAUGAUCUGUCCGUGGAGACCAGUCUAAUCACCGGCAAGAAAUUGCCAUCACCUUCAUUGUUUCCCAACGCCUCGGCUGCACCUAACACUAACACAUCACCCUUGAAAUCCCCCGGAGCUGCAGCGGCCGCCUCCAAACGUUUAAUGCAGGGUAUGGAGGCAAUGGCGGCAGCAGCAGCGGCUGGAAUGGGACAGCCAUUUAUGUUACCAAAUCGUCCAGCAUUUCCCAAUUUGCCCACGAACAUGUUGUCCAUGUUGCCGUUUCCAUUCACAGCCCGCCCUGGUCUUAUACCCAGUGGGAUUUUUCCUACCCCCGGUCUGGGAACAUUUCCAAACAAUCCCAAAAAUCCUCUUAUACCGGGUAUGUUUCCAUUUCCGAAUUUAAAGCAGUCUUCUACGUCAACGGCUUCUACUUCAUCGGCCGCUGGUGACACCGGCAGCCAGGGAAGUGAAGAUCUUUCUAUGGCUAAAAAGAAGUCUUCAGAAAGAAGUUAUUGCAAUGUGGCACCUCUGGUGCCGGCUUUUCUGAUCAAAGACUCUCCGGAGAGUUCAAAAACUUCCACCUCCGAACAGGCCCAUGGUCAUGGCGGCCAUGACAAUGAGUUGCCCAAGACGCCAAAACCUCGAAAUUCCUCCUCCAUAAGUUCAGCGGCUGCUGGUCAUGACCAUUUAUUGAAAAAGGCCACCGAUCCGCAUACACCUGAUAGUAUGACCAGUGGCGUUGGUAGUGCCAAAUCCAUUCCCAAUACGCCGGGAGGCGGAAUGUCUUUGUCUAGCUUCGAGCAGUUAAUGAAAAAGAACGAGAGUCCCAUUGAUAUGGUUACAAUGAAUAAGGGCAACAAGUCAAGACUCAGCAACAGCGUCGUGCCUCCAAUGCAGGAUGCAUGUUUGGACUUUUCCAUGAAUAAAAAACACACACCUCCAGGACUGGGUGGAACAAAGAAACAGCCGCCCAUUACAUUGAAUAACGAACCCAUUGAAGUGUCUGAUGAUUCGGAUGAAACAAGUCAGCCACCACCAACUGUACCAGCACCGCAACUUCCGGUUUCUGUUCCAAAGCCCAAUCUUCAACACCAGCCAAUGCCAGUAUCAUCCACGCCCACCUCAGCCCCAACCCACUUUAGUAUGGACGAAAUGUUUGUACCAAAUACAGCCAGCUCAAAACUGCCCUCAUUUAGCCGCAUUGGAGCUGGUGCAGUUCUCCAUCAUCCCGAUUCCGACCUAAGCACCAAGGAAUUGAAAAAAUUGAAAAAGCAAGUCAAGAAAACCUCUCUAAGCAUUACCAAUAGCCUAAUAAAUCCCGAGCCUAAGACUGAGGGUGUUAGCAAACUGGCCGGUGGUGCCGAUUUAAUACCCCUAUCCUCCACUGGCAUGGCCUAUUCAUCGAAAAAUAUACCCUUCACCAGUUUAACAGCCAAUGCCAAUCCCACAUUUAACACCACGCACAAUAAGCCGGGUGAUUUCAAUGCAACGACUACAGAUUCUGCUCCCACUCAACAACCAAGUACCAGCAGUUCUUCACUGUACGAAAAUGUAACCAUAACUGCAGCCAUUCCAUCGUCGGCCACCAGUAACCCGACAUCUCAGUCUCCCCCCUCCUCCAGUGCAAAUUUAUUUGACAUUCAUAAGAAGCGCAAGGAACACAAAAAGAUUAAAAAAGAACUGAAAGAGGGUAAAAUCAAAAAGAAAAAAGACAAGAAGGAUAAAUCGAAAAGUAAGGAAAAAGCUGAAAAAUAUCUACAAACAUCACCGAGCAAAGAGCGACUGGAGAGCGUAAUGGGUGUGGGUGGUAGUUCAGUAACUGGUGGUGGGAACCCCAUCAAAGAGAAGGAUUUGCUAAAGAAACUAAAAAAGGAAAAGAAAAAGGAAAAAAUUCGCAAUUCUACAGCCUUGGACGAUCCACCACCGGCAAUGGCAGCUUCCCAAACACCCACAACAGUAUUGGGGGAUAAUGAAAGAAAACCCAAAACAUCAACUUCGUCGUCAUCGUCAGUUAACCCAACAGCAAUCAAUGAUGUGGAGUCACCGGCACCCACGGUCGCUAGUGCAACAACUCCAGUUUCUUCUGCUAUACCCAAAUUGACGCUUAAGCUGGGAAAUACUCAAUCACCUACACCACUAGAUGAUAUGCAUAAGAAUCCCAAUAGUUCUACAGCGACAGCAUCAGCAACAGCCUCUGCCCCAGUGGCGCCCAAGUCACCUCCUCGGGAACCAGCACGAGAACCCUCACCCGAAUUGGCUAGAAUAUCUCCGCUGGUAACAAGGCCACCCAAACACAAAGUAAAUCCGGAUCCAACAGUUUCAAGCAACAGCGCCGGCAACACCAGCGCCUUGGAUAGUUUUGGUGAUUUAAAUAAAUCCAAUACAUCUUCCAAUGUCAGUAUGAUUGUACCACCGCCCAGUCCUUGGCUUUCGGGCGGAACAAUAUCGGCUAGUUCGGUACUGUUGCCACAUCAACUUUUACAAACGGCCAAACACGAUAUGGCUGGUGCGAGCAGCAAUCAAACCAUCGAUUCCUCAAAAUCGGCGGCGGCAGCACAUGCAUCUACGUCUUCGGCUGGCGAUCGACAAAGUCCACUAACGUUAAUCACCGAAACAAGCCGUCCCUCUUCAUACAUUGAUGCUGAGGGCAAUCGUGUAUGGAUAUGUCCGGCAUGUGGAAAAGUUGACGAUGGUUCGCCCAUGAUUGGCUGCGAUGGCUGUGAUGCCUGGUAUCAUUGGGUAUGUGUGGGUAUAAUUGUGGCGCCCAAAGACAACGAAGACUGGUUCUGUCGCGUAUGUAUUACUCGCAAAAAAGGCCUGCAUGGCUCGGACAAAAAACGUAAACGCAAUAAAAAGAAAUAGAUUUUAACAUAAAAUUAAAGAUGACAAAAUUAUACAUAGUUUUUAGUCAACAAAAGAAAAGUUUGUAGAAAUUACAUGAAAAAAAGGAAGAAAUAUCGUUAUUAUUAUACAUAAGUAUAUAUUAUAAAAAAAUCAUUAAAUUUAUAUUGUAUAGCAACGAAAAAAAAUCAAAACAAAAAAGCCUGUUAUAAAAAAUAAAGAUAACCCACAUAAAAAUUAA